AUGGAGGAGGUGAAAUUGGCGGAGAGGAUGAAGAAGAUCAAGAUGGGUGAGAAAGAUGGAGGAGGUGAAAUUGGCGGAGAGGAUGAAGAAGGAGAUCAAGAUGGGACGAGCCAUCUCACUGAAGCAGACGAUAAACGCAUUCCUCCUCUAUCUUCCCUUUCUUUCUUUCUUUCUUUCUUUCUUUCUUUCUUUCUUUCUUUCCCUAAAAAAAUCGAUUUUUCUUUCUCCUUUCCUAUUUCUUUCUUUCAAUUUCUUAAUCGAACUAUUUAUCUAUAUCUAUUAAUCUCUCUCUAUCUAUCUAUCAAUCUAUCUAUCUAUCUGUCGGUCUUUCAAUGUCAAUCGCUUUGUGCCAAUCUCUCUCUCUCUCUCUCCCUCUUUCUCUUUCUACCUCUGUUGAUAUCUCUAUAUCAAUAUGUCGACUCUUAUCUAUCUAUCUAUCUAUCUAUCUAUCUAUCUAUCUAUCUAUCUAUCUAUCUCAGACUGCUUUCUACCACUCCCGCGUUUCUUUCUUUGUUUUUUUUUUUUUCGUUUUUGUCGUUUGACUCUUUUUCUUGUUUUCUCUUUUUCUUUUUACGUUCCUUUUUUCCUUCCUUCCUUGAUUUUUUCCUUCCUUCCUACCUUUCCUUCCUUCAUUCCUUCCUUCCUUCCUUCCUUCUUUCCUUCCCUUCCUUUCUUCCUUCCUUCCUACCUUUCCUUCCUUCCUUCUUUUUUCCUUCCUUCCUUCCUUCCUUCCUUCCUUCCUUCCUUCCUUCCUUCCUUUCCUUCUUUCCUUCCUUCCUUCCUUCCUUCCUUCCUUCCUUCCUUCCCUUUCCUUCUUUCAUUCCUUCAUUCCUUCCUUCCUUCAUUCCUUCCUUUCCUUCUUCUUUCCUCCCCUUCCUUCCUUCCUUCCUUCCUUCCUUCCUUCCUUCCUUCCUUCCUUCCUUCCUUUCUUUCUUUCUUUCUUUCUUUCUUUAUCUUUUCUUUCUUUCUUUUCAUAAACUCUAUCUUCUCUAUUUUUCUUUAUUUUCUCUAUUUUUCUUUCUCAUUUUCACUCACUCUCUUUGGCCAUCUUUUCCCCUCCCUGUAAUACGUUUUACUCUUCAUAUACCCUACUCUCUCUUAUUCCCUUUUCCUCUCUCAGCCACACAUUUUUCUAUCAUCCUCUUACCUUUUCACCUUUUUUUCCUCAAUAAUUAUUCCUCUAGCAGCGCUGUUCUUUCUUUCUUUCUUUCUUUCUUUCUUUCUUUCUUUCUUUCUCCUGUUCAACUUAUGGUCGCCAUUUUCUCUUUCAAAGUAAAUAUGUCAGCCGAGCAGAGGAAGGAGAAUUAG